AUGCCGUCGGGAUGUGGCGGCGAACCCCGCAAUGAUGCUGAAGAAUUCACCUAUCGUCCUUUCACAUUCCCUUCUAACCCCCAUAACAACGGAGAUGGGUUCAUGUAUUCUUCUGGGGAGAAUUUCAUUCCUCCUUCCGACGUCCGUGAUGCUGUUACUGGACCCUAUCAGAUUUAUGAUAGGAGAAUUCAACCGAUGCUGCCGAACCCUACUGGUAUCGUGAUGCCUGCAUCUGCACAAGGGUGGAAUAUCAGUACGCAGGCCAUUCACCAUCCUCAGUAUGAUCUUCCAGUGCUUCCCGCCCAACAGCCAGUCACCCGCCCGUCUAUGAUGUCGUUGGACAUGGCCCAUGUAAAUCCUGCAGACACGCUUCUCACGGUUCUCCCCCACAGUAGCAUCGCUCCUCAGCCGCAUGUCGCACCCCAGAUUAACGUACCCAAGCGCUGUAAAUGGGAAAAUUGCGGUGCAACCCUGCUCGAUCCUAGCAAUGCUGGUAUCAAGAAACAUCUACGUCAAUUCCACCCCGUUGCUGACUCGAUGAUUGCGUGCUGCUUGUGGUGCACAGGCAGCACCGUCUGCGAGCACACUAUGCAGCUGGUCAGAGGUCAUUUAGAUCUUUGGUUCGAGUGUAGUGAGAAGAUGCCACCCCUCCGAGGACACGUCACGCGCGAAAUGUGGACAUGA